AUGCCAGCUAUUCAAACAGUGUCUAAUUACUCCACCGCGAACACUACAUCAUCGGCUAUACAGGUUGUCUGCGCCUUCCCUCUGUCCUCGAAUUAUGGUCCUGGCUCGCGUAUCCUCUACUAUGUCCUCGUCGCAGCAUGUGUCGCUUUCCGACGAACAGAAUGGCUGCGGAACGCUUGCUUGGCCGUGGCGUUAGUGUUGCCUGCCCUCGCCGCCCUGCACUCCAUCGUGCUCGCAGCUACAAAUGUUACUGGCGCAGUUGAUAUGGAUCUAUACGGAGCUUUUCAAUUAUGCUCGAUUGGCAUACUAGCGGCGCCGUUGACAGUUCGCCUCUCUCGUACCUACUUCUUUGACCCAGGCAGAAACAUCAUCUUCUUAUGGACAAUUCUAAUCCUAUGCGGCCUUGUGGCUCUAUGUGUCGAAUUCUAUCGCAUCACGCCAGCGAAUUGUACUAGCGACGAUCCUAGGUAUCUGACCAAAUUCCCGUACGGAAACGCUACUUGUGGCCUCCGCUGCUCCGAAUCUGCUGGGCCCUUCUCACCUCUGCGAGGCGGUGCGGCUUCAAAUGUCAAUGUAAUCCCUGUGCCACACGUACUGACCUUCAAUGCCUUGAUGCUACUCUCUGCUGGCUUUUGCAUACCUGCAAUUUUGAGCUUAAUCUUCACUUGGGAUAAAAUUCUCGAGAUCAACUGGAAGAGACGACGAGAAACCGAAAGACUAGACGAUCGGAUCGAAGGGGCCAAUAUUACCGUACGUGAGAUGAAGGGAAUUAAUAACGUCGUCAGGUUGUUCCUGAGCGUGGUGGAGAUUCCAGUAGUCGCCGGGGUUAUACUGACGAUAAUUUGUCUUGGAGAAGCAAACUUCUUUAGCCCUCAGGUCAGAUACGACACUGAGCCUAUGGGCUCGUUCGGACAAUGGAGCCCGCUGGCUGGGACUGUUUUAGCUGCGCUGGGGUCCUUAUAUCUGAUCUGGGCGGGCGAUGAGAAUAUUACGAAGCAGUCGAGAGCACAGCAAACGAAUCAGGACUCUUCACACCACAGCUAUAGCAACGAGCGAAAUAUAUCUCCUAGUCCGCCAUCAGACCUAGAACACUCGCCAAGUCGGAGUUCGCGCGACAAUGCUUUGGGCAUACGUUGUGCAUCUCCACACGAUUUUGGGCUUAUCCCUAUCAUUACUCAACCUGACCUUGAGCAGCAUCAAGACAUUGAUGCUGCUCAUAUUCACCAGAGCGAGCCUACAGCCGGUAGAAACAAGGUGCGCAAAUGGCUCACUUCGGCUGCGAACUACAUGGGAAAUGCCGCACACGAGAAGCUUGAUUUAUCGAACGAUAAAGAGAUUCAUCGAUUUCCAGAAGUGCCAGGCGAAGGACUACGCAACCCAGAAUUCGAGCGAAUCAGCACCCAAUAUAGUCGACUUCGAGAGGAAAAUUCCAGAGUAGGCAGUUCGUACGCUGCGAGCGUUGCUUCUACGCCUGGUAUUGGGGGCAGUUCCACUCCACCACCGCCACAAGAAUCACCACGACCGGAAACAAGUCCAGCUCGAAAGCCAGCUCGAAGGAACACGCUAGAAGUGCCCAAGCCGGCGCAUUUACAUCGUAAAACCGAAAGCCACUGA